CAGCAACUUCCUCUUUUCAGUGUAUUUAAGACUGAGCCAGGGGCGCCCCAAACUGCGACUCAGCCAUGGGGGACCCCUUUAUCCGCCAUAUCGCCCUCCUGGGCUUCGAAAAGCGCUUUGUGCCCAGCCAGCACUAUGUGUAUAUGUUCCUGGUGAAGUGGCAGGACCUGUCAGAGAAGGUGGUGUACCGGCGCUUCACGGAGAUCUACGAAUUCCACAAAAUGUUAAAGGAGAUGUUUCCCAUCGAGGCAGGAGACAUCAACCCCGAAAACCGGAUCAUUCCCCACCUGCCAGCCCCGCGCUGGUUCGACGGGCAGCGCGCAGCCGAGAGCAGGCAGGGCACGCUGGCCGAGUACUGCAGCGCGCUGCUGGGGCUGCCCACCAAGAUCUCGCGCUGCCCGCACCUAUUGGGCUUCUUCAAGGUGCGGCCGGAAGACCUCAAGCUCCCCGCCGGCGACGGCCAGGCAAAAAAGCCAGAGACGUACCUGGUGCCCAAGGACAGCAAGGCCAGUGUGACCGACAUCACCGGCCCCAUCAUCCUGCAAACCUACCGGGUCAUCGCGGACUACGAGAAGAGCUCGGCUUCCGAGAUGGCGCUGGCUGUGGGCGACGUGGUGGAUGUGGUGGAGAAGAGCGAGAGUGGCUGGUGGUUCUGCCAGAUGAAGACCAAGCGGGGCUGGGUCCCUGCGUCCUACCUGGAGCCCUUGGACAGUCCCGAUGAGGCAGAGGAGCCCGAGCCCAACUAUGCAGGGGAGCCUUAUGUCACCAUCAAAAGCUACAUGGCCCAAAUGGAGGAUGAAAUGUCCCUGCAGGAGGGGGAGGCCAUCGAGGUUAUUCACAAGCUCCUGGACGGCUGGUGGGUUGUCAGGAAAGAAGAUGUCACCGGCUACUUCCCGUCCAUGUAUCUGCAAAAGGCAGGAGAGGACCAGACGAGGGCCCAACGCCAGAUCAAGAGUCGAGGGGCGCCGCCCCGCAGGUCCUCCAUCCGCAACGCUCACAGCAUCCACCAGCGGUCGCGGAAGCGCCUCAGCCAGGACACCUACCGCCGCAACAGUGUGCGAUUCCUGCAGCAGCGCCGCGGCCGGGCCCGGCCGGGCCCGCAAAGUCCCCGCGGCGCGCAGCAACAACAGCCGCAGCCCGAGCGCUCAAAGCCGCAGCCCGCGGUGCCCCCGCGGCCCAGCGCGGACCUCAUUCUACACCGCUGCAGCGAGAGCACCAAGCGGAAGCUGUCCUCCGCCGUCUGAGCCGUCCCCCCCCUGUACAUACGUGUAUAGAGCCUGCGGUCCCUGCCGGCCCAGCUAUCCAGCGCCCUCAAUAAAUGCUGCUUGCGGUGCAA